GGAAAUUACCAUGAUAAUCAAAAGAUUUAGAAUGUCAAGAAUAAAAUAUAUUCUUCUGUAUUUCAGCGUCUGCUUCGCAAUCACAUUCUUUCUCAUGGCUAAUGUGUUACACAGACCAUCAUCCGACACCAGACAAGUGAAAUCAUCCGCCUUUAAAAGGAAAACAAAAACAUCUGUAUUAAGCAAAAUUACGAAAAAUCAACUACAUGUAGCAUGCUUUGUGGAAUUACAAAAUGAAUUACGUAGCCUCCAGUUAUCAGAUGUUAUUCAUCCAGAAAAACUGAAUCGUAUAAAGCUUGAGAAUUCUCCAUACUUUGUUACACAAGAAACAUGCGAAGAUAUCUGCAAAAAAUUACCAGUAAUACCAGUAAAUAUGACUGACAAAUAUAAGCCAAUCGGUAAUUUAUCUGCAGCUAUGAAACUGGAAGCAGAUAUUCAUAAAGUGAUUGAAUCAAAUCAACCAAACAUUCCAGGUGGUGGUUGGACAUACAAGGAAAGAAAUCAAUGUACAGAUAAGACUGGUAAAUAUAAUCAAACUAGCGUUGCUAUAGUUAUAGCAUUUCGUGAAAGAUGGAUUCAGUUAACAAGUGUUUUAUCAACUCUUAUACCAUUAUUACGCCGUCAAAGAUUAUGCUAUCGUAUAUUUGUUACUGAACAAGCUGGAACUGAUUUAUUUAAUCGUGGCAUGUUGUUUAAUGUUGGCUUUAUGGAGGCUAUACAAAGAUUUCAUUUUGACUGUGUUACAUUUCAUGAUGCUGAUUUAGCACCAAUCAAUGAUCUUAAUCCUUAUGGUUGUGAUAAACAAACAUUUGAAAUGCCUAUCCAUCUUGGCGUUGGUUUAGAUAUACGUAAAUUUCGUUUAAACUAUCCAAAAUUGAUUGGUGGUGUGCUGAAAAUGUCAAAUCAGCAUUUUGUUCAGGUGAAUGGUCAUUCAAAUUUGUACUGGGGAUGGGGUCAAGAAGAUGAUGAUUUAGAAAGACGACUAAAAUAUGUCAAUAUUGGUUAUUAUCAAAUGCCAUCAAGUAUAGCACGUUACAAAGCCUUACCACAUAAAAUACAAAAUAAAGAUGGAAAUACUAGAAGAAUACAUUUGAAACUUUUAGCAACAGCUACAGAGAGAAUGCAUUACGAUGGACUUUCAUCACUGUACUAUAAAGUUUUACAAGUAACUGAACAUAAAUUGUUUACUCAUUUAUUAGUAGAUUUAGGCAAACAACCAAAUUUUUAUAACUGUUAACCAUUGAACAUUUAACACAAUUGUUGAUUUAAACAAAAAGGGGUAGUAAAAUUGACUACCGAAUAAAUAUACAUAAUAUAACAAAAUAAAUCAGGUUUAGGCAGGAAAGUUCCACUAUGUAAUGUCAUUUUUAAUAACUGUUUAUAACUAGGUUGACUCUUUCUAUUCUUUAGAAGCUUAUAAAUUUGAGCAAUAUUAUUGUGUUUAAUAGUGUGAAAUAUUUCCAUAUCAUGAAUUUUAAAGUCAAUCUGAACGAGGAAUAACUGGCCAUUAUUGUAACGACAAAAAAUAUUACAUUUUAUAAUUGUAAGAACCUGAAACGGAGAAAUUAUUGAAAAGAAUACUCUUCGUUCAGAUUGACUUUUAGUAUUAUUGUUGCCAUCAAGCCAACUAAUUUACUUAGGGUGGCAUCUUUUACAAAAAUUAAAUUUACAUGGCUUUUAAGAAUGCAAACAGUUUCGCGAAUACUUACAAGUGUUCACAUGGUGUGUUAUAAAAUGAACAUCAAGCUGUACAUUAUCACAUAUCUUUGCCAAUUUAAUUUUCUUAUUGGUUUCUCCAAAUAGUUUUUUUUAAAUUUUAGGAUAAGUAUUAUGGUAAAGGACAGCAUUUAUAUAUAU